AGCGAGGAGAAGGGUGUUUGGAAUUGUGCUCCGAGUUGAACAUUGCAGAUUGUUGGUUCCAAAUUCUGUGAACUUCGACAGCGACUGGAGGGGAGAGUGGGAGAGCGACAACAGCAUUGGGGGCAGGUCACAGCGUGACAGCAGGGGGUGCUCGAUGUCCAUCGACGGGAGAUGGGCCGCUUACCGCUGUGGAAGGUGAUAGCUGGGUUGGUGAUAGAUGGCCUGCAUUAUCCUGCAGUUGUGGCGCACACAGUCAAGCGGGAUUGGCCACUUAGAGCACAAGACUCCCCGUGCUGCCGCCGAGCUAAGCAAUUAGCCUGCAUGGGUACCCUUGCAAGUCCUCCGGUCACAGGUGGGAAAGUGGCCAUUGCCGUCGUCGAUUGGCUGCUCCGAUGGUGACUCGGCGACUGUAACCCAUCUAGAUGCAUCCUAGUCACAUUUGGUCACAGCCGUA